AUGUCUUUUGCGCCGGGCGAACUGCCUGCCCAAUUUGCCCAGCACAACCUUAAUAUUGAUCGCAUUGAGGAUGCUGACUCAUGGUCUGCUAAAAGGUAUAACGUCGGGCCUCAAUGCAUAGAACCUGUCUACUUCUUCAAUGUGGAGCACGAGAAUACAACACCUUUGUUGCGCUAUAUGAAAUGGGGGGUGACACCAAAGUGGGCGAGUCAAAAACCGCAAAGACUGUCCACUUUCAAUGCUAGGUACGAAAACAUUGAGCGCAGCAAGAUCUGGUCCCAUUGUCUCGAUCAUAGGUGCGUUAUUCCGAUCGAGGGCUAUUUUGAAUGGAAAACCGAUUCCUCAAAAAAUAAGCAACCAUGGUUUAUCCGUCGCAAAGACCAGAAACUAAUGUUUCUUGCCGGUUUGUACUCAAUUACAAGUGAUGGCAAGUAUGAAUACACAAUCAUUACGCGGGAGGCCCCUAAACAACUAGAAUGGUUGCACUCGCGCAUGCCUGUCGUAUUGGAGCCUGGCACAUGUGACUUUGAUAACUGGCUAGGGCUUGAAGAUCCCAAUUGGCGCAAGCUGAGUGGUUUGCUCAAAGUGCACGAAAAGGAUGACCUUGAAUGGUACCAGGUGAAAAAGGAAGUUGGAAACGUGAAAAAUGACGGAGAGGAUCUGGUGAAACCCAUCAACCAGGAGAGCUUGCAGGGGUUUUUCAAGAAGGAAGAAACAAAGCCUAUCAAAAGUGAGGUCAAUGACUCAAUAGAGGACGAGGAGGAAAAAAUCUCUUUAUCUCAGGAGAUUGGCACGCAUUCUCACCAAGAGCCUGUUAUUAAAAAGGAAGAAAAAGAUAUAAAAGAAUUACCUACGAAGCGACGUAAGAAUUCGACUUCUGCCACGCCAUCGCUGCGCAAGAAACAGCACGCAAUAACGGAUUUUCUUGGCAAAUAA